AGUAGGCCCUUUUUGUUUGGUAAAGGGAAUUGUUUUGUUAUUUGAUUUAACCGUCGAGUAUUCGUUGAUUCAGACUCAGAGUAAUGAAAUGAGAUGACGUGGUUCGACGUUCGCAAUCGUUUUAUGAAGUGUUAAUAUUUCACUAAAACUGCUCGCAACCCAAAGCGUUUUAUAAACUAUAACCAUAUUUUAUAUAGAAAACUUGGGAGAGAACUCUGUACGUUCAUUUCACACAAUCGUGUGAGUAAACUAAUACUGUAUAAAUUUACUUUUUUAAGUUGCAAUUUCAUAACUUUAAGACGCGCUAUGUGAUUGUGUGCCAGUAACAUUUCAAACGUAUUUGUGAAUUCCUUUUCGUGUAUUUUGGAAAUGGAUCAAGUAACAGUGAAAGGGCAACAUGAUUUCAGUAGGUCUCGUAGUGGACGGCUACUGAUUCCAAGACUUAAAACCUGGACAGGAGAGAAGGUUACUGUAAGUAACCAAGGUCAUGUGGAAGUUACCGAAGGUAAACCAGAUUUCACUUCAACAUUCAAGUCUGAACGUGCAUUUUUGAGGAUGGAACCUUCUUUUAACCUUUCCCAAGUUUUAGUUAGAAGUCAAGAAAUGAAACAAAGGAAAAUGGCAAAAUCUUUCAGUGAAUAUGAUUCAGCAAAACAAUUACACCCUAUAAACUUAAAAGGUGGACAGCCAAAAGUUAAACCAGGAAAAAUAUUAGAGAGAAAUAAUGCAGAUCGCAAUAAAACACCAACCAAAAGGAAUUCAAUGAGGAUCUCUGAAAAAUGCAAUUUGUUGAGCACUGUUCCAUCAUUUAAAACAAUGCCUCUUACAACAAAAGGAAAUCAAAGAAAAAAGGUUCUGGUUACUAAAACUAAAACUCCGUCUCCACGUAAAACCUUAAGAAAGCAACGUUCUCAACGCAACGAAGAUGAAUUUGAAAUUGAUAUAUUUGGUCCUGAAUUUCAACCGGUUGUUGUCAUGGUCCGACUUUUACCUGAACAAAUAUUGUCACUCACAGAGAAGAAAUGCGAGAAGUUAGCUGAAACUCCAAAAAAAAAAAGUGCAGAUCCUAAACGCAAAAAACAUCCCGACAUUAAAAGAAAUGCAAGACAAAAGGCGAAAUUAAAUCAAGAAAAUACUGAUCUCUGUUGUAGAUUAUCUAAUCAGCGUCAACCUCGUACCGUAAAAGAAACCCAGCAGCUGUUGAGUUUUUUGAAUCGUUCAAAAGAUUGCGAGGUAUUUGAAGACGAAGCUGCUAGUACUGCAGCUUUCUUCCAAAAUUCGCCAAGUCGAACAGAUAAGAAGUUACUGAGCGAAGCUGCUGAAUUAUUGAAUGAUGAUUUUGAGUGUAAUGAUAAUUUAAGCAUGAGGACACUAUCAGAAAGGGAAUCAAGUCCGAUGUCGUCAGCUGUGUCACCUAUUGGAUCCCUUCAUGAGAUAGAUGCCGAGAUUUCAGGACGAGAGGAUAGCUUGAUGAGAGGAUCCCCUAUACUCGAAAAUGCUUCCGAGUUUCGGCGAGCCAAACUUCUGCAUAGAACAAUAAAAGGCAGGGCAAAGCUAUUGAAAAAGGCUCAGAAGAACAAUCAUUGCCAGGAGGAUUUCUCGUCGGAUUUAGUAAUUGGGACUUCCACUCCGAGCUCAUCUCAGUUACUGAAACCACGAAUGAUACGAGCUUUAGAAAAGGAUCUAAAAGAGAAAGCCACAUCAUCUCGUGAACGGUGGGAUUUUUCAACGUAUUACCGUGGCAAUUUACUUCAUGUUUCAAUUAAUUCAGACUCUGAUGAAUCUAGUACAGUAGACCCCUUAGACGAGAUUUAGCUCGCAAUAUUCCCCCCUAAACCGCCGUGCGUAUUUGUUUCAGGAAAAUUAAAUACAAUUUUUUGGUCGUGGGUUUAUUAUUGAGAUAUUUGUUGUGCUCUUGUGCUGUAUUUAUGCAAUUCUGUGGAAUGCAAUUUCAAAAGAUUCGUUUUGCAACAUU